UCCUGGGUGACGCAGAAACUUUCUAGAAAUCCUUCCCAUCGCCCUUUGCGUUUCCAACAUGGAGGACCUGACGGUGGAAGUGCGCGGCUCUAACGGAGCCUUCUACAAGGGAUUCAUUAAAGAUGUCCAUGAAGAUUCACUUACAGUUGUUUUUGAAAACAACUGGCAACCAGAGCGUCAGGUUCCAUUCCAUGAAGUUCGAAUGCCACCGUUACCCGAUAUCAAAAAGGAAAUUACAGAGGGGGAUGAUGUAGAAGUUUACUCCAGAGCUAAUGACCAAGAACCAUGUGGAUGGUGGCUUGCUAAAGUACGAAUGAUGAAAGGAGAGUUUUAUGUUAUCGAAUAUGCUGCUUGUGAUGCUACCUACAAUGAAAUAGUAACUUUUGAACGACUUCGACCUGUGAACCAGAACAAAGCCGUUACAAAGAAUUCUUUCUUGAAGUGUACUGUGGAUGUUCCAGAAGAUUUAAGAGAAGCAUGUGCAAGUGAAAGUGUGCAUAAAGAAUUCAAGAAAGCAGUUGGAGCCUGUCGAGUUUAUUUUCAUGCAGAGACCAAUCAGUUAAUGAUAUUGUCUGCAAGUGAAGCAACUGUGAAGAGAGUUAAUAUACUGAGUGACAUGCACUUGCGCAGCAUUCGAACUAAACUGAUGCUCAUGUCGAGGAAUGAAGAGGCCACCAAACAUUUAGAAUGUACAAAGCAGCUUGCAUCAGCGUUUCAUGAGGAAUUUGUUGUUCGAGAAGAUUUAAUGGGUCUGGCUAUUGGGACUCAUGGGAAUAACAUUCAGCAAGCCAGGAAGGUACCAGGUAUUACAGCUAUUGAGUUGGAAGAAGACAGUGGUACUUUUCGAAUCUACGGUGAGAGUGCUGAAGCGGUCAGGAAGGCAAGGAGUUACUUAGAAUUUGUGGAAGAUUUCAUUCAGGUUCCCAGAAAUCUUGUCGGAAAAGUCAUUGGCAAAAAUGGAAAAGUGAUUCAAGAGAUUGUGGAUAAAUCUGGAGUGGUUAGGGUGCGGAUUGAAGGAGACAAUGAAACAAAAUUACCCAGAGAAGAUGGUAUGGUUCCUUUUGUUUUUGUUGGCACCAAGGAGAGUAUUGGAAAUGUUCAAGUUCUUCUAGAAUACCACAUUGCAUACCUGAAAGAGGUAGAACAGCUUAGAAUGGAGAGACUCCAGAUUGAUGAGCAACUUCGUCAAAUUGGUAUGGGUUUUAGACCAUCAUCAAGUCGAGGAACUGAAAAGGAAAAGGGCUAUGCCACUGAUGAAAGUACAGCUUCCUCUGUACGCGGAAGUAGAUCAUACAGUGGGAGGGGCCGGGGUCGGCGUGGUCCAAACUAUACAUCUGGUUACGGUACAAACUCUGAACUUUCAAAUCCUUCUGAAACUGAAUCGGAACGAAAAGACGAACUAAGUGACUGGUCACUGGCUGGAGAAGAUGACCGUGAAAAUAGGCAACAGCGAGACAGUCGAAGGCGUCCUAGCGGAAGAGGGCGUAGUGGGUCUGCUGGUCGUGGCAGAGGUGGAUCAAGGGGUGGAAAAUCUUCAAUCAGCUCUGUGCUUAAAGAUCCAGACAGUAACCCGUACAGCUUGCUUGAUAACACAGAGUCUGAUCAGACAGCCGACACAGAUGCAAGCGAGUCUCACCAUAGCACCAAUCGUCGUAGGCGAUCCCGCAGGAGGAGGACUGAUGAGGAUGCUUCUUUAAUGGAUGGAAUGACUGAAUCUGACAAUGCAUCUGUUAAUGAAAAUGGCUUAGAUGAUAGUGAACAAAAACCCCAGCGACGCAAUCGUAGCCGCAGGCGUCGCUUCAGGGGUCAGGCAGAAGAUAGACAGCCAGUUACUGUGGCAGACUAUAUCUCAAGAGCUGAAUCUCAGAGCAGACAGAGAAACCUACCUAAAGAGACACUGGCUAAAGGCAAGAAGGAAAAGGUGAAAGAUGUUAUUGAAGAACUUGGAUCUUCUGAAAAGGUCAUAAAUGGCCCAAGAAGUUCCUCAGGCGACAAUGCUUCAAAGUCCCAGACCACAGCCCAAGAAAUAAACACUGCAAGCUGUCAAGAUGGAAGUAACAAAGAAGCCAUACUGAAUGGGGUGUCCUAAAUGGAAGUUCCUAGUUUACAGUUCCUUUACAUUACAUUUUACAAUAGUGCUUGUACAAGCUUGCCAAAGAUAGAUUAAGGAUCGCCAGUCUUUACACCACACUUUCCGUUCCUCCAUUUGGAAUAAAGAAAGGGGAGGGAUCCUGACACACGUUAAAUAUGAGUUGAUACCUACUGUGUUCUAAAUACAUCAUCAGAUGUGCCUUGAGAUAGUAUACGAAACAUUAAAAAAAAAAAAGUUUAAAAAAAAAAAAUGGAAAAAAAGUGCUGGCUAUAGGAAACCUUUUUUUUUGUUUUUUGUUUCAAAUAUGGCAUUGACAGGGGGGUGGGGGGAGGGAAUCCUGCAUAAUAUUCGUUCUAAAAGCAUUAGCUGCUUUUGUUACAUUUCUAAUAUGCAACCACUUCUUCACCAGAGGAAAACUAGAAAAAAUGCAGUCUGAAGUAUUUUGCACUGAAUUGUAACUUCUCCAUUGGUUAGGUCUGGAAACUGUUUUGUUUGUUUUUGUUUUUUUUUUUAGUAAAAAACACAUUGUGUGGAGGAAACUGCAGACCACUGGAACACAGACAAAAAUGUUAAUCUGCAGAGAUACUGGCAGUGACUGUUCUACAUUGGAGCUUUUGUUUGGUUUAUUUAUUAAACUGUACAGUAUUUAAAAAUCAAACUUGGCUAUAAACACUAAACCGAACUUAGUCAUGUCCACAAAAGGCAUAAUCCUAACUACUGAAAGAUCAAUUUCCAGAAUGUUUAUUCUGUAUAAACUGCAUAUGUUAGUCCUUAGUAUGGUAUUUUUAUUUUUGUUUUGGUUGUUUGAUGUGCAAUAUGUUUUUGUAUGCAGGUAGUAAAAAAAAAAAAAAAAAAAAGCAAACAAAAAUAAACUUUGAUCUUCCAUUUUUGAUUAUCAGCCUAGUUUCCUGUGGGGAGUUAUGAAGAAUUCUUAACCACUCCAUUGUUUUCAUCUUUGGCAGAGGAGAGGUUAAUAAUGUGUGUGCACCUGUGUCAUAGGUUAAUUCCAAUGGGGAUAAUUCACCCAACCUAUAUGAAUUAAGGGAAUAUGGACUGGGGGGAGGGGUAUAUAUAUCUUUGUACUAUAUGAAAUUUACUUUACAUUUCAGUAUCACGUCUUUUAAAACUUUAUUUGAACCUGCUGAUUUUGGCAAAAAAUGUGUUGGGUGCUGAAGGUCAUAACUGGACAGAAAUACAUAAAAUAAACAUCUUUCCAGCACAUAUCUUUCAAGCA